UCUACAGACACACGCAGUGGGAAAUGUGAAAUGUCAGGAAUAAUUAGACAAAGCUAUAUAAGCUCCUAGCAACACUGAUGUGCUGUGUAAAACUAAACGUUUGCCAUAAAGCUUUAAACGUUGUUUGAAAGCUGCAUGUUAAAGGUAACCUGAGUAAUUUUUAAGUAUUGUUUCCAACAUGUUAAUCUAAACAGGGAUAUGAAAAAGCAGAAUAGAAAACUAUGAAAUGCUGGCAUGCCUUCACUGAGAUUACUGCUCUUUCUUUUUUUCCAGAGAUGAUAUAUAGAAGUAAUUGAGCCCUCUCGUAUAGCAAUUAAAAUGAAAAGGCAGAUUUCCUCAGCUCUUCAUCUGCUGGAGCCUAUUCAACAAGAUGGAAAAGGAGUAGCUCCUAGCAUCAGUAAUUCACAGAUAUCAUAGAAAUGAUUGUUGGAAGUGAUCUCUGAAGGUCACUUAGUCCAACCUCCCACUUCAAGGGAGAUCUCCAAAACCAAAGGAGAAAUAACCACACCAGUAGGAAAUCUGGCCUAAAGUGCCCUUUGGAGAAGAAAAAGAAAUGAACUAUGAAUUGCAGAUAAAAAAAGAGGAGAAAAGGCAGCAGAGAAGAAAACAGGCCAAAAUUUUUAUUUGAAGUGGUAAUAUUAAAAGCUUAUGACUUUUUGACAAAAGGCGGGGUUUUUCUAGGUUCAUUAACAGAUGUGGUUUUGUCUUCUUAGGAAAACGAUGAACAGGAGAAAACUUGGAAGCUUUUUGCUGCUCUGUUAAAUAUGGGAUUAUAAAAUAAUAAUUAAAAAAAACUGCAUCUGAAGCAUCUCUGUCCCUCUUCCAAAUGGGUCACUUCUGAACCUGAAACUCUUCCUUACCUGAAGCAGCAACUUCUUUCACUGUGCAUCCUGGAGGGGAAAAUGAAUUUCACAAAUUGCACCACUGAAGCCAAUGUGGCUGCGAAGCCAAAAACAGUAACUGAAAAGAUGCUUGUUACCCUGACCUUGGCCACAAUCACAACCUUGACUAUGCUGCUGAAUUCUGCUGUAAUUGCGGCAAUCUCCACAACCAAGAAGCUUCACCAGCCGGCAAAUUAUUUAAUAUGUUCACUAGCUGUGACUGAUCUCCUCGUUGCUGUUCUUGUCAUGCCCUUGAGCAUCACUUACAUAAUGAUAGAUAAAUGGACUUUGGGAUAUUUCAUCUGUGAGAUCUGGCUUAGUGUCGACAUGACCUGUUGCACGUGUUCAAUCCUUCAUCUGUGCGUCAUUGCUCUGGACAGGUAUUGGGCAAUCACAGAUGCUAUUGAAUAUGCCAGGAAAAGAACAGCAAAAAGGGCUGGGCUGAUGAUAGUCACCGUGUGGGCUAUCUCCAUUUUCAUAUCAAUGCCCCCUUUGUUCUGGAGAAAUCACCACAGUGUCAGUAUCCCCAGCGAGUGUCGCAUUAAGCAUGAUCAUGUCAUCUACACUAUUUAUUCCACAUUUGGGGCAUUUUACAUCCCCUUGACUUUGAUUCUGAUCCUGUACUACAGAAUUUAUCACGCUGCAAAGAGCCUUUACCAAAAGCGGGGUUCAAGCCGCCACCUCAGCAACAGGAGCACCGACAGCCAAAACUCCUUUGCCAGCUGCAAGCUCACACAGACAUUCUGCGUCUCGGACUUCUCCACAUCUGACCCAACCACAGAAUUUGAUAAAAUCAAUGCAUCUGUGAGGAUCCCUCCUUUUGAGAAUGACUUGGACCUGGCUGGUGACCGGCAGCAGAUCUCCACAACACGGGAACGAAAGGCUGCUCGCAUUCUGGGGCUGAUUUUAGGUGCUUUCAUUUUGUCCUGGUUGCCCUUUUUCAUCAAGGAGCUGCUUGUGGGACUCCACAUUUGCACUGUCUCUCCAGAAGUAGCAGACUUCUUGACCUGGCUUGGAUAUGUCAACUCCCUUAUCAACCCUUUGCUGUACACUAGCUUUAACGAAGACUUCAAGCUAGCCUUUAGAAAGCUCAUCAGGUGUCGAGAACAUACUUAAAAGUACUGGGAGAUGAUGAUGCUGACAGGACUCCUGGCCUUAAGAAUGAGCAAAAUGAUUUAAUUCUGUCAUCAUUUCCCUCGUUAAAGGGGAUUUUUGGUUUUGCCUAUUUGCUUGACUUGUCUUUAGCCUGUAAUUCAUUCUGCCGUUUUUUACCUCCAGUGUUAUUCGUGGUAAAAAGUUUGAAAUAAAUUUAUUCUACAAAGGAAAAGAUUUUUUAGCAAUGAAACAACAACAAAAAGAAACUAUUAGAUACUCGUGUUUAAGACAUUUUGUGUACUCGGUGAUUUGAGAAGCAAACAACAAUAUUCACUUUUAUACUUUUUCCAUUUAAGAAUCAAAUGUCUAAAUUACCAUGCACUGUAAAAAUAUAAAGGCAUAUAAACUGAACCCCAUACAUGCAUAUUCAAAAAUUAAUAAACACUUCAUGGGCAUGACAGCUAAACAACAAAUCUCAACCAUGGCAUUCUGAGAAAACUGUAACAGCCAUUUAGAAGGAAAAUAACCAUUUCCAGGAAUUCUUCAGGAAUAAACUCCCAAAACACAAAGCAAAGUUCAAUUCAUUCCAGCUAAAAAUGGAUCCCAUUUUGUACUCCAGAGGAAUUACUCAAGUGGCUCUUUUUGUGUAAGGUUCUGGAUUUAUGGUCAAAGUAUUGGGCAGACCCCUGUGCAGUUUAUUUGGCAACUGAGAGGAUGCAGCUAGCAAGUGUCACACAGGAGACCAGCUGCACAUCUGACUGGUCACAUUUUUGAUACCACUAAGUACUUCUUCAGGGCUCAGACCUUGUGCCUUCAUUAGUUCUUGGAUGGUAUUAUUCGCUUGUGCCACAAUUCUCCUGGACCUUGCAAUGCAGAACCCCAUGGAUUGAUUCAUCUUACCCCACUGACCUAAACCACUGGAUAUCUUCUCAGCAGGCCACCAAUAUAUAGAAAUUCAGAAAUAGCAUCUAAACCCAAAUUACUUUCUGUUUGAACAGUAGAAAAAAAAAUAAGUAAUUUUUUACAUAGCAGUCUGCACAUCUGCCUCUUAUUAUUUGCAAUGAUAUUCUUGUCAGAUUGACCCCUGAUGAGGUCCUGUGGCAGGAUCUCUUGUUCUGGUUGUCCUUCACAGAGUUACUCGCUUUGUCUUGAGAGACAGACAUGACAGAGAGUUUCUUGUAUCCUGUCUUCUGUGCUUAUGGAAGUUGAAAUGUCCUGGUUCAGAUAUUGUGGAAAUCAGACUGGGAAAAGGCAAUAUCAAAGUUGAGAAUCUGUUAUUGUCCAUUAGCAACUUCUAAACUCCAUUUAAAUACCAAUUACUUACCUUCAGUGUAAUUUUCUUCCUUCUCCAUUUUUCUGGACAAGCUCUUUUUGAAUAUACUGAUAUAGAAAUAGAAAAUACCACAUACAUCAACCUGACAUCCAGUAACAGCGAACUAUAGCAUGGCAGCUCCAAAUCCAUCAAAACAAAUAUUAGAGGUAGAAAAAGUGUUGUAACAGCAUUGGAAGCCAUCUCUGGAAAAUGUUUUGAAAAUUUACAAGAUGACAGUCAUUUUUCUUAGCAAGAGUCAAGGAAGUGUAAGUAACAUGUGAGUAAUAAACUGCAUAUGGAGCUGAGAAAUGACAUCCUUAUUGGUGAGAGAAAGCAUUCAGUUGGAAAGAUGCAGAGCUGCAAGCUGAGUGUAAAUCAAGUCCGAAGGUGACAAAAAUGGGACCUACUACUUACCCACAUGCAGUGGGAUUCUGCUUUAAGGACUCCAAGUUUUCCAUGCCUGAGUUUAGAAAGUUGAUCUCCAGCUGCCCUUCUGAAGUUAUUGUCACAGCUGCCUCCUCCAGCUGCCUUUGGCUUCCAUACUAGCUUAUAUUAACAUCUAAAAAGAGGGGGGCAAAAUCUCAGUCACUGAAAAUGUCUUCUAGUGAGGAAGCACAAAGAUCCAUUAUGAUUUUUCCUUUUUGCAACUUGUUGGAUUUGCAAACUGCUGAUAGAAGCUGGGAAAGAGUGGCCUGACCCUGCUUAUCUAUAAAACUUCCGAAGCAGUUCCCCAGAGUACAUAUGCUAUUGAGAAAAAAAUAGCUGGGAAUUAAAAUAAAGAGUAGUAUUUGUGAGAA